AUGGCUUCAGUUUCUGGUACUCUCCAAUAUUCCUUUCCCUGCGGCCUGAGAGGCUUUCACGUUUAUAAAGAGAUUUGGAAACCUAAGGUUGGAGACGUUCUUUCCUGCAUCCAUGAAAGAAACUACCAACACGAUCGAUACGCAAUAGCUGCGACAAAAUUGCUUCCUGGACGACUAUCGAAUGUAACACUCGGUCAUUUACCACGUGAGAUCAGUCGCUUUACAAGAUUUCUUAUUUCAAUAGGCGCAGAUGUCUUCGUGACAGUAAAAGACGCACACUUUCGACGAUCGCCACUCAUACAAGGAGGCUUGGAGAUUCCAGUAGAGGCGACAGUAAGAAUGGAGACAUCUACGAAGAACGUUGAAGCAAUUGAAAGGUUCAAGCAACUGGUAGAACAGCAUUACAAGGAGCCAGUGAAUGGACAGUUUGAGGACUGUACAAAAGAUGUGCUGCCUGAUCAUGAAGAGGAGACGGAAAGCAGUAGUGAUGAAGAGGACCAGAACAUUACUUCAGAAUAG